AUGGCACUUGAUCUCACCGAGUCCAAUCAAAUACUAAAGAAAUUUGCGAAAGUACUGACGGAAUAUCAGAGCUCAAUAAUUCGUGGGUAUGACGAGCAAGAUCCUUUUCAAUUGGUACAAGAAUUUAGGUCGAUUGCAGGCGAAGCAGCUUUAGACUAUGUUCGUUUGAUCGAAGAGGACCAGAACAAGAUUAAAUUCACUAAUUUUGAACUAGAGGCAAAGUUAUGGUCGUUGGUUGAGUUGUUAGUCUCUUUUAGGAUAUCAGACGAUAGCCCAGCUGAAGUUGUUCCCCACAGUUACAAGUCUGAUGCCGUUUUCAAGAAAGAAUUGCUACAGAAGGAUCGUGCUCUUUAUGAAAUCUGGUUAAUAAUUUCUUGGAUCCAGGAGAAUCUAACUAUUCCUCCUAGGCCUGAAUCACUCCCUACUACUAAGUGGUCACAUUCUAUGUUGUCUGGAGGUAUUAAGAGCAAUGAUUUGGAUUAUCCCUUGCGCGAGGGGUCUGCUUCCAUUGAUCCAAAAGAUCUUGAAGAUGAUCACCAGUUCUAUCGGUUUAUAUAUGAGUUGAUUUUAGCAGGUGAAUAUGAUGAAGUGAGACGAGAAUGUGAAUAUAGCGAUAAUUUGACGCUGAGUAUGAUCAUGUGCGGUUUAGAAGAUUAUGUAGAUCCCAAAAAGGACAUAGAGUUAGCCCAAAAUUGUGAUAGCCAUCAAGGUAUUAAAAAACAUGCUUUGUGGCGAAGAGCCGUUUAUGUGUUGUCACAGAAUCCAAAUUUGGAUAAAUACGAAGCCGCGAUUUACAAGUUCUUAGCAGGAACCAUUCCAGAUGGCUUAGAUGCAGGAGAUGUCGACUGGGAUAAAGAGCUCUUAGUUUACUUAAACGAAAUUUGGAAUAUCAGAAUUGAAAACUAUUUACUGGAACGAGGGAGAGUCGAUAAGGAAGAAUUAAUUACUGCUAUGCCAUCCGAGCCUCUUUCAUUGGAAAAUGUUCUCAACAUCGUGGCAUCCAAAAAUCCAGAAGAAAGCGAGCAUCCCAUAAGAGUGCUAAUGGGUUCAGUAAUUCUGAAUACCAUAUCCCCGGUUAUAAAAUCAUUCAACGACAUACUUUCCGAUGUUGUUAAGGGGGUAGAUUGUGAGAGCGAAUUAUUAUUGGAACCAUAUUUGCUAAGAAUACUAACACAUCUUGUGAUUUUCCUGGAUAAAACCUGCCCUGAGUUAAUAAAGGAAUCAGAGAAAUCAAGGCUAAUAACUACUUAUGUUACUUUACUUACUCUUUAUGAGCAACAUGAACUGAUUCCUGUUUAUAUCAGCUUCUUGAAUGCAGAUUAUGCAAUGGAUGUGUAUUCCUAUUUCUUAUCCAAUUUGAGAAACCCUAAAAAUCGUGAAAGACAGUUAGAACUUUGCCAUUUUUUGCAAUUACCUACUGCCAAUAUAUUACGGAAAACUGGGCAACGUAUUUUUAACGACACCGAAUCGCAUUACAACCCUUCAGAAGUGAUUGCGGUUAAUUUCGAGGUUACAGAAAUCGACCGUUGUUUAAUGUCGGCUGUAGAUUGGCUGCUCGAAGGAAGACUUCAUUCAGAUUCUGUGGACUCUAUCAUUGCUCUGUGCAGAAGAUUCUUAAUCAACGGUAAAGUAAAAUCUUUGGAAAAUUUUUUUGAUAACCAUAAGAUUGAUGAUAUAAUUAAGAAUUAUGAAUUAGAUAUGCUUGCUGCCAGAGAAGAAAACCCAGAAGAUAGAUUCGUUCAAGAAAUAACACAAUACAGCAAUUUUGUCAAUGUGUUUAAAAGGUAUAAUGAAUGGGAAGAUACUUGCAAAGCGUAUACCAUAGACUCCAACUUACCCACGGUAUUAAAACAGUUUAAAGCUCUUUCCAACUCACUCCGCCAUCUAGUCACGACUUUCUUAGUUGACCUGACGGAAAAUGCCGAAACGGAUAAUAGUGAUAAUGACAUUUUGCACAGUAUUAGAUCGUUAUACAUCCCAUAUAUGAUUAUCGAGUUACACAUGUGUUAUAUGGAAGCAGCUACCAAGUUUAAAAUUGACUCGUUCAUACAAGAGGCAAUUCGUCUUUCUGUAUUGGUUGCGAAUGAGACAGAAAAGAUAUAUCUGCUCUUUCAGUCCAGCGGUAAACUAAGAGAGUAUCUUCAAUUAGUGGCGAAAGCAAUAACAAUAAGUGGUCAUUGA